UUGAAACCUGGGCGGCUAGCUGGCCUGCAGCACACCGUUUUGAAGGUCCUAGCCCACCUGGGCUGGCUUAAGCACAUGCCUGGCCGCUCCCACUCAGCACCCUGGGGCUCUGUCUUUGCUUCAGGCCACUCCUGUUCUCCGGCUGACCCCUGGUGGUCACGUGGAGCUGUUCGCCACGCAAGUCUGGGUCCUUCGGAGAUGGUCCGGGGUCCUUGCUGUCCGGGAGCCGCUCUUAAGCUGCCUGUUCGCGCGAGAGUUUGGAGGGGCGGGUUUGGGGUCGGGGUCUGAUUGGGGCUCUCACCGCAGCACACCCGAGACCCGCUUAGAUACCGGUUAGCGCCUGGGGAGCUGGGUCAGGCAGUCGCCAGGACACCCUGUGUGUGGCAAGCGGCGAAGCGCUCUGGAGAAUCCCGGACAGCCCUGGUCCGCGCAGCCAGGUGUAGUUUCGGGAGCCACUGGGGCCAAAGUGAGAGUCCAGCGGUCUUCCAGCGCCUGGGCCACGGCGGCGGCCCUGGGAGCAGAGGUGGAGCGACCCCAUUACAAGAAAGAUGAAAGGCUGGGGUUGGCUGGCCCUGCUUCUGGGGGCCUUGCUGGGAACUGCCUGGGCUCGGAGGAGCCAGGAUCUCCACUGUGGAGCGUGCAGGGCUCUGGUGGAUGAACUAGAAUGGGAAAUUGCCAAGGUGGACCCCAAGAAAACUAUUCAGAUGGGAUCUUUCCGGAUCAAUCCAGAUGGCAGCCAGUCAGUGGUGGAGGUGCCUUAUGCCCGCUCAGAGGCCCACCUCACAGAGCUGCUGGAGGAGAUAUGUGACCGGAUGAAGGAGUAUGGGGAACAGAUUGAUCCUUCCACCCAUCGCAAGAACUAUGUACGUGUAGUGAGCCGGAAUGGAGAAUCCAGUGAACUGGACCUACAAGGCAUCCGAAUUGACUCCGAUAUCAGUGGUACCCUCAAGUUUGCGUGUGAGAGCAUUGUGGAGGAAUACGAGGAUGAACUCAUUGAAUUCUUUUCCCGAGAGGCUGACAAUGUUAAAGACAAACUUUGCAGUAAGCGAACAGAUCUUUGUGACCAUGCCCUGCACAUAUCGCAUGAUGAGCUAUGAAUCACACUGGAGCAGCCCACACUGGCUUGAUGGAUCACCCCCAGGAGGGGAACAUGGUGGCAAUGCCUUUUAUAUAUUAUGUUUUUACUGAAACGAACUGAAAAAAUAAGAAACCAAAAGUACAAA